AGGACGCCGGUGCGCCCGGGCGUCUGCCCUCAGUGAGGCGGGGCGCGUGGCAGACGCCCCGGGGCAGGGGCGGGAGUGGUGGAGCGCUAGCCGCUGGCUCUGAAAGGCGCGGUGCGCGAGCUGCGGAGAAUUUUGAGGCAAAGCUUGGCCUCCUCCGGAGCCAAGACGGUGGACGGCGGCGACGGCGGCGGCAGCAGCGGCCCUCGGGCCCGCUGGUGAAGGAUGGCGGCGCCGGGCCCGGGGGCCGGGGCAGCCUCGGGCGGCGCGAGCUGUGGCGGCGCGGGCGCGGGCUCCGGGGCCGGGGCGUCGGGGGGGCCCGGCGGCCGACUGCCCAGCCGGGUGCUGGAGUUGGUGUUCUCCUACCUGGAGCUGUCGGAGCUGCGGAGUUGCGCGCUGGUGUGCAAGCACUGGUACCGCUGCCUGCACGGCGACGAGAAUAGCGAGGUGUGGCGGAGCCUGUGCGCCCGCAGCCUGGCCGAGGAAGCUCUACGCACGGACAUCCUCUGCAACCUGCCCAGCUACAAGGCCAAGGUACGUGCUUUCCAACAUGCCUUCAGCACUAAUGACUGCUCCAGGAAUGUUUAUAUUAAGAAGAAUGGCUUUACCUUACAUCGAAACCCCAUCGCUCAGAGCACUGAUGGUGCAAGGACCAAGAUCGGUUUCAGUGAGGGCCGCCACGCGUGGGAAGUAUGGUGGGAGGGCCCUUUAGGCACUGUGGCAGUGAUUGGAAUUGCCACGAAGCGGGCCCCCAUGCAGUGCCAAGGUUACGUGGCAUUGUUGGGCAGUGACGACCAGAGCUGGGGCUGGAAUCUGGUGGACAAUAAUUUACUACAUAACGGGGAAGUCAAUGGCAGCUUCCCACAGUGCAACAAUGCACCAAAAUACCAGAUAGGAGAAAGAAUCCGAGUCAUCUUGGAUAUGGAGGAUAAGACUUUAGCUUUUGAACGUGGAUAUGAGUUCCUGGGGGUGGCCUUUCGAGGACUUCCGAAGGUCUGCUUAUAUCCAGCAGUUUCUGCUGUAUAUGGCAAUACAGAGGUGACUUUGGUUUACCUUGGAAAACCUUUGGAUGGAUGACAGUGGCUUUCUUGGGAUCACGGACAGUGGAGAAGAAAUCUACUUGUGCAAAGUAGAAUCAUGAAGUAACAGUGUCAUAUGUGCAUGCCCAAGAAACAUCCCGAAAAACAUGAAGUUGUCAACUGGAGAAGCAGCUCUACAACAGAGAUCACCUUGGUGUUUCCUCUUUUCACUGGGCCAGAAAAAUCCUCAGGGUUGCAGUUGGUUGAGUGGGCAGUUGGCGUGUGCGUAUUGGAACAGAGUCUUGUCUCAAAACUAGCAGUGUGUUCUUUCCUGCUUUAAGGUGAGAGUUAGAGAUGCUAUCAGAGGGAAAAGAUAAAGAAAUAGCAAGCUUCCAAGGUGGUGUGCUUGUGAAGGAAGAUGGAUUGUGUCCACAGCUGCCUGCUCUUUCUCCAGUCCCCUUGCCGGCCAGCGUGCCCAUUAGGAAAGUAAGAAACUGGUUGGGGUUUAUUUAAUAUUGUUAAUAUAUUGAGAAGCAUGGUCUGCGUGGACUGCACUUCUCUAACAAUGAGGAAUAAAAUUGUGCAGCUAUUUUAAAAAUUGUAUAUAUAACAUGUGUGUAAAAAAAUGUAAAGAAAAAAGACAAAGGGGCUGCUUUGUUCUAGUUCAGUUUCUUAAAAACUACUAUAUGGUACAAAAUUAGAAUAACAUUUGGGGACAGUAGGGUAGCCACAGAGAAGAAGAUUUUAAGAUAUGUCAUACUAGCUCAUUUUGUAUUAUUUUUGACUUAAGUUCCCAUAGCUCUUAGUCUUGUCAUUAUUGGUUUUUUUAAAAAUCAAAAUUAUAGUAAAUAAUCCUUAAUCUCCUGAGGGAAAGCAAAUCUAUUUCUAAUUAUAUGUGUCAGUAAGGAUGAUCUAAACACAAUAGUAGAUGUGUGCAUCUCUUGGUAUCCAGUUUUAUUUUUUGGCCCUUUGAGAAAGGUUCUUAUAACAGAAAAUGUCGUCACUAUGAAUGCUGUUAGAGAGUUCACUAGUGGUUUAUUUUCUAGCUUUAUAGUGCUGUACAUAUUAUCAAAACUUUAAUUUCACAUUGUUUACAUCACGUAAAACCCUAAGCCUCCAACUCUUCAUUGGGGCAAUCAAGAAAAUGUUUACUCACCCAUCUGAUGAAACAGCGCCAGCCUGACGCAGGUUAAGAGCAUCCUUAAUCUCAUUCUGAGUCAUCGCUCCCAAGGAACUUGAGAUCCAGCAUCUUGUGCUGAAAACUUCAGGUGGCAAUAUUUUGAAAGUUUUAUUGCAGAAGAGUUUAAUAUUACUUCCUAUUUGAUAAGAUUUAACUCAUUAAUACUCUUGAAUUAAUCCAACACAUGAGCCAAGAUUUUUCUUUUGUUAAAAGAAAAAUGAAACAUCUUUUUGUUUGAGAGUAUACAUUUCAGACACGUAAGAAUUGAUGGGACACAUAAGAAUUGAUGGAAGCAAGUGAGAUUUUUUUGUACUUUUUAAAAUACUGCCGUAUGUAUAUUUUAUUUUAAAUUUAUUAAAAUUAGGGACAGCAAACAGCUUCUUCCUUGAGAAUUAAAAUUAUCAGUACUCCUGUGAAGCAGGAGAGUUCAGCCAUAGAACAAAGAUCUGUUUUUGCUACCUGAAAGGUUUACAAGUAUUUAUUGUGUAUAUGUGGUAUGUCCUUUCAAAAGGUAAAAUUGUUAAAGAUUUUUUUUUUUUGGAGACAGGAUAUCACUGUGCAGUCUAGGCUGGCCUUGAACUCAUUAUGUACCCCAGGCUGGACUGGAACCUGCGGUGAUCCUCCUGACUCAGCCUCCCAAGCCCUGGGAUUAUAGGCAUGCACCAUUACGCCCAGCUAAAGAUUCUUUUUGAUAACCAUGUCAAGAUGAAACUCAUACAGUGAAUUAUAAAUUAAAUGUAUUAGAGAACAUAGUUAACACAAGUUGACUUUUCUUGGGGUAAAACAACUCAUUUUGACACAGUGUAAAAUUUGAUUGAGAAAAAGAAUUGGUUUAGGGUGAAGAUUAGUUAAAAAAUGUUCAAGUCCUCUUAAGUGUUUGUUGCCUUUUCAGGUUGUGGUAUGGCCAAUUCCCAGAGCUUUUGCUAGGAGUUGUAACUUCUGUUGCGUCUUGUUAGUAAACAUUCAUUUGUAACCGCGUCUCGAAGGUUCUGACUGGAAAACAAAAACACAUGGUUAUUUGUUCUGUAUUGAACCUAGGAUCAGUGAUUGCCUAAAUAUUUAACAACAAGCCAUUCUUAGGUCAAAGCAUUGAAUUCCCUCUUUGCCCACUUGCAAGUUCUAUAAAAUGGAUGUUCACGACAUGAGCAUCAGGAGUGACAUGAUGAGUGGAUUUGUCCCUGGAGAUGGAGAGUGGCUGUCUUCUCCAUGUCACUAAAGCAGACUGCUCACUGUGCAAGGAGGUUCUUUUCCACUGGUGCGGGAGAGCAGUUGGGUAGAAGAGUGCACCUGGAGAUCGGUGUGAGUCCCCUGCACUGUGGCUCUCACCUUCGCUGUGCUUGGGAGUCACAUUGGAAUGUUUUUUUAUGUAGGUUUAGGUCCCAUGUCCGGAGAGUCUGGUGUUGAUCUGGGAUAUGACCUGGUCACAAAGAUUUUUUUAAACAGUUCCUGAUGCUUUGAGUAUGCCAGCAAGGUUCAGAACCGUUGCGCUAAAAUUCACCUGGAGGUUUCUCAUCUGCAGAAUCGAGAAUUCUUGCUCCCUCCCUUCACUACCUCACAAUGAUAUUGAGGGUAAAGGAAAGAACGGUGUUACGGAAAGCGCAGUGCUGUGGAGGAAAGGCAUUUGUUGUGUUUCCGCUGCAGCCAUGGUCAGGAACAUCAUUGGGUUUGUGUUGCCUUGGGAAACCGGGAGCGCUUCCUUUGAUCCUCUAACGAAGCCUGCAGAGGGGGCAGACGUUACUGUUGUUCUUACUCAUACUACGGUUUUCUGUCAUAUUCGGGUUAAGCCGUCACAUAAUCUGGGUUUACAUAGGAAAGAAGAAAUAUUAAGACUUAAAUUCUGUAAUGCGCAUUGGCCCUUAAUUAAAACUUUUCAUACAAGGAAUUUUGUGGCUACUAGAUCUGAUUUCACAUUGCCAUUGUUUUUCCAUCAUUUGACUUUGAACGCUAAGCCAUUUAUUUCAUCCCUUACUCAAUUAAGUAUGAAUGCAGAUUUGGUAAAGCACAUGAAGCAGGUAGGUUUUUUCCCGUUCCAUAUUUGAAAUCAUGGCUCAGUGAUUAGAAAUCUUCUGAGUUUUAGAUAUAAUUUCCUAUGUAGUUUCAUAAAUAAUAAAACUUUCAGUCUUAUAGAAAUUAUAAUUAAGUCUUCAGAUGUUUACAUAGACUCACAGUACUACAGUAUUUUUAAAAAUUGUUUUGGCUGGACGUGGUGGUGGUGGUGCACGCCUGUAAUCCCAGCACUCUGGAGGCCGAGACAGGAGGAUUGCUGUGAGUUCCAAGUCCAGCCUGGGCUGCAAAGUGAGUUCAAGGCCAGCCUGAACUGCAUAGUGACACCCUGUUGAAAGAAAGAAAGAGAAAGAAGAAAGGGGUCGGGGAUAUAGCUUAGUGGUACAGUGCCUGCCUGGCAAGUAUGAGGUCCUGAGUUUGAUUCCUGGUACAAAAAAAAAAAAAAAAAACUUACGAAAUAAACAGUUUGAAAGAUGGAUACCUAAGGAGUUUGCUAAAUUAGUAUUGAAAAGAUUUUCCAGAAAUGAAGACCACCACAACUUGGACUGUGGUAUAUAGAACCACUUUGAAGCGUAUAUUAGGAAAGAACAGUUUACACUCAACCCAAAUGUUAUCUCGUGAAGCAUUGCUCUGUCACUAGCUGAAUGUAGUCUUUCCUCUGAAAUGUCCCUACGUUGUGUGUGUUUAUUUGUUUAUUUAUACACAUAUUUGUUUCAGUGCAGGGCCUUGUGGAUGCUCAACUACAUCCCUAGUCCUUUUGUAUCUUAUUCUGAGACAGGAUCUCUCUGAGUAGUUCAUGCUGGACUCAGACUUGCUAUCCUCCUGCCUCAGCCUCCUGAAUAACCGGGAUUACAGGUGUGUACCACCACACCCAGUCCUUAGCUUUAUAUUUUACCUAUACUAAACUCAUGCUGUAUGACUUUAUACCUUGUGUAAAAUGAUUUUUAUUUAUUGAUUAUUUAUUGGUGUCUUGGCUCCCUGAAGCUGGUACAGGACCUCUGAUGAACUCAUCUCUGUGUUCACAUGGCUAAGCUUGUUGUAGGAGCUCAGGUAUUUAUUGAGGAAAGGAGGAGAACUAUGCAGGAAGGUGGAGACACCUCUAAAGCUACAGACUGUAGACACGUAGAUAAGGGCAACUCUGUCAUCCCAGCAAAGAGAAGGAGGAGCCUGAGGCUAGUGAAGAAGAAACCAGUGCUAUGAAUGCAUUUCAGCCAUUCCUCCUUACCCGUAAUAAUGGUAAACUGAUCUUUAGUUCUUGGUGUAGAUUUCCUAUAUGUUUAGAUUCAAAAUUAGAAUUCUGUAUUUUAAUUUUUUGGAAUCCUGUUGUUUUGCCUUAGUUUCCUAAUAAAAUGUUGUAAAAUUAUAA